AUGCCCGAGGAAGAAGAGGAGGAAGAGGAGGAAGAAGAGGAAGAGAGGAAGAAGAUGAAGAAGAGGAAGAAGAAGAGGAAGAAGGGCAGAAGCAGCUACUGGUAUCAUACUCCAGGCAGUGCCUGCCUGCUGCCCAGUAUCAGGGAUCAGUGCCUGAGGUAUCACUCCCGAGUAAGAGGUCUGCACGCCUCUGUCAUGCGGGAUGUGCCCUAG